GAAAGGAAAUGAAAUAAAAAACAUCGUGAAGUUCAAGCAAGCAAAUGCAAUGUGAUAAAAUUGCAAAAUUUAAAUUUAAAAUACAUUCGACUAAAAUUCUUCAAAAUGUCUCGUGAUAAGAGUGUGUGGUUUGCUGAAGAGAUACUACUAGAUGCAAAAUUAAUAAAUUUCCAAUUGGAAACGGGAGAAUGGGAUCAAGUGGAAGAAAUGUUGCGAGCGGAGGCUCAGCUUUCGCGAGACGCAGAAACCGGACGAUUGAGACCUAAAAAAGCUUCAGAAUACACAUUGAGACUUAUUGCUGAAGUUCUACACAUUAUGAGGCUAGAUGUGGAACAGGCUUCAUACAAUAGGAGCACCCUCGCUGUUGCUGAGCAGUGUUUGCGCCUCGUUCGUUCCUGCGCCGCAGCCGGAACUAAAAUGCAAACUUACAUAUCCAAAGAACUGUCCAUAUUGGAUUCCAUGCUUGUUCUAGCCACAGAAUAUCAACAUCCAAGUGUAGAUUUACUAAAUGAAGAGCUACAGAAGAAAUAUGAAUCGUGUAUGACAGUGCUCAUACAAACUUUAGGAAAUCUAGUUGUAAAUAAUCCUUUCAAUCAAAUAAUGAUUUGGAAUAAAUUUGAUGCAAUAAUUUUGAACUGUCUCAUUGGUCAGAAUGACAAAAUAGCCACGGCUGCAGCAAUGAUUGUUUACAACAUAUUAUUGGGCCAGCCGAAUGUCCUUCCAGAUGAUGUUUCACUAUUGAAUUCAUUAGCUUACAUGUACAAUAACGGCAACACCGAAUAUCCACAUUUGAUUAUUGAAUACUUGAUUGGAGUUGAAAAUACUUAUAUUGAGAAACUCUAUUCUAAAUUAGAUCCAGAAUGCAGAAUGUUAGUUUUGAACUUGGCCUACAAUAUCCUUAUGUCUACAGAAUCACAAGACAUAAAUGUAUCAGUAAACUUUGUCAAAUUCAUGGCACAUGAGUUUAAGAGUAAGUCAGACUGCAUUUUGAAGACCGUAGACAAAUAUGUUAAUACCAUAGAGCCACAAGAAGUGGUGUUUCUACUGGAGAUCAUAGCUACGGCUUCAAGUAUGGACACAUACAUGGAUUGCCUGCAGAGUGAUACUUCUUUAUUUAUUAAUUGUGCUUUUCUCCUGCGAGCAAUUCACAAGCUAGGUAGGGAAAGUGAUAAUUUCUUCUCAUCCAUAAACAAGCUGUAUGCGGCUACUGGGAAGGAAUUAAUUAAUGAUGAAAACAUAUCCACACCUAUUCAAGUUGAGAAUCCUCUCACAAAAAAUGAUUCAGCAGACAACAUGCUGUCUUGCAAUGAAACCACUUCAGAAUGCACCGAAUCGGAGAGUAGCGAACAGUACUUUGAAUGUAAUGACAAUACACCAUACGUAGACCGAUUGGAAACUAUAAAUACCAUAGAGAAUUUAACACAACCUCUGAAAUUUGAUGCCGAGUUGAACAGUAGAAAUGGCAGUGCUGAACGGAGUAUUAAAAUUGAUAAUGAUCUAUCAAAAGUUGCUUAUAAGCGGAGUAGCUCUUUGCCUAAGGCUGAUGAUCGUGUGCAGGCGUUGCCAACGCGAAGGAUAAGCUUGGAACAUAAAAUAGACAUAGGUGAUGAUACGGAGCCUCCUUUGAUUUUAGAUACGACAUCGCCUAGUGGAAGUAUGAAUACCAUAGCUGAAGUUAUACCAGUGGCAUUGCAGCCCAGGUUGGAUUUGCAGCCUACAAGCAGAACAGAGUCACAGGAAAGCACUCCAAAUGAUCCUCCCACAGAAAUUCAUUUACCAAAAGAAGAAAUAAAGACCGAAGUCAAAGCAUCACCAAGCGAGAUAUCCCCCCCGUUAGCCUACCCGGGCACAGAAACGGAUUCACAAAAACAAUCUCCGGACACCCCUAAAGAGAUCAAGAAGAGUCAGAAUCUUUCAACGGAUUUUGAUUUGAGUGAGCAGUUGCAGAAGAUUUUAGGUAUAUCCUCGGAGAAGACUCGCGGGGAAGCUGUGGAGAAGAAAGCUGAACCGGUAAAGGAGGUUAAGAUCGAUGAAAACCCUGUCACAAAAGUGCCUUCAGUCAAGAUUGAUUCGCCUGAAAGUCAGAAGACUAGACUGGGCGCGGUAGACCCGACGACUCCUAAGAAACUGGUGACGUCAGUGGAGACGGUGGAGCGCCAUGUAGCGUUCGGGUUCAAAGCCACACUCGUCCGGACCCUCGCCAACCUCUGCUGGAAGAACCAGGAGAACAAGAGACAGAUGCGAGAUUUGGAGGUGAUACCUGUUCUCCUCGACUGCGCCAACAUUGACGCUCGAAAUCCAUUGAUAAUGCAGUGGGUUAUCUUCGCCGUCCGCAACUUGUGUGAAAACUGUCCAGAAAACCAGGAAGUAAUCUCAAAGAUGACCCUACAAGGUCCUGUCGACAACGAGGUGCUGCAGGAGAUGGGCCUGACCCUCCACUCGGACCCUCAGGGGAACUCCAUCAAGAUUGCCCCCUUGCCACGGGGGUAGAUUAGCAUGUCGACUUCAAGUUGAGAUGGGAUUGACUAUUUUCGAAUGUGUUAAUCGCUAACACGGGUAUCAGAUUUUAUUCAAGUAAAUUUUUAUGGAAUGCUUUUUUGUUAAUUUACAUGAGUUAUUUUAAAAGAUAUAAAAAUACAUUGCACCGUUAGAUCGACAAGAGUGUAGUGAAGUUGUCUCAUGCUUCACAAUUGAAAGCGUUGCCAACGUCAGAACGCUUGUGGUAGUUUCUUUGCUCUACUUGUAGAUGGCGCUAGCAGUCUUAACUUUUGUAGUAUACUUAGCGAUGCAUACAUACAUGCUCGAUAGGAUACUAUGCAUAUAUCAAUAGCCAAUAUAUACAUACUCAAAGCCAAUAUAUCAAUAUUACUUUACAAUAAAGCAAUAUUAUUGAUACCUUGCUAUAGCACUGAUAGCAUUGCGCCGAGAUAGUCUUUACGCUAUCGACUGUUAUAUCCAACUAUCAAUAGUUUUUAACUAUCGAUAAAAUGAAUAUACACAUACAGUGUCACGUCUUUAUCCUUAUAUAUUGUACGGGGUAGACAGAGCCAAGACUUGUGAAACUCGAAGGCCACGCCUUUUAGCUGUAUGGCGGGCUUGUUGGUGAAAUUGAGAUUCAAGAGUGAUAGAUAGGUUGCUAACCUAUGAAUUUCUAGUGUAUAGCAUUUUCCCUUGAUUAACUUUUACAAUCUGCGCGGGAAGAGAAACAGCUGGCACAUGAUUUUCAUGGAAGAUAAUGUAUAUAAGUUGUAUAUUAUUUGAUCUGUAAUGUCACUGUUGAAAGGGUUUGUUCCCGUUGAGUCACACCGCGAUUUGUAACACUGGUACACAUCGGGAGAAAGUGCACACACACUUUCCUAUUCUGUUACGGGGAAUUGGGUGAAAUGGUCCCAGUAAUAGGGGACUGAUCACCCAUCUGGUGCUCGUACAGGCGUCCCCAAAAAGUAAUAAUAAUAACUCCUAUUCUGUUAAACAAAAUCUUUAAUCCUUACACUUGUUUUAUUUUAAUCUUCGUAAGUAUUAGUGAACGGGAAUACAGAGUGUUAUUGAGUAACAGUAUUACUCAUUGAGAGAAAGAUGCUACACAACAGGAUAUUUUCUCCCAAUCCCAAUCACAAAUCGCAGUGUAACUCAACGGGAACAAACCCUUAAAAGUUAACCACUAUCGUGAUAUUUGGGCGCAAAAAGGCGGGUGCAAACCGAAUGCAUAUGUAGCUAUUAUUCAUUUAAAGUUUGCUACUUAUUUACUACACUGGGAAAUAUAUGUAUUGAAGAUAUUUCUGCCGUUUACCUUUGGGACACUUGGAGAAGGUGAUAAGACGGGCUGCUAAAUGUAUAGAAUUAUACGCAUUGUGUACAAUAUUAUACAAUCUGUGCUGCACAUUGCUGCGUAUGAAUUAGUUAUGCACCAGCCUUUGUUCAAGCAUAGUCAGUACGAUUGUAACGAAUAACUUGAAUAAAUUGCAACUGCCAAAAAUAUACCGUCUUUUUUUAA